CUUGGAUGGACUUGUUUACACGAUUACGAGAUUGAGAUUAUCAUAACUUUUAAGAGAAGUUGUGUGAAGUGAAGUGACAAGCAAGUAAAAAUUGUAAAUAGUUUAUUAUUUGAAAAUAUAUAUUUAAAAAAUGGGUGAGAAAUCACAAGGAGCUCAACCAAUUGUAAAAAUUGGUCAUUAUACCCUUGGACAAACUUUGGGAGUUGGAACAUUUGGAAAAGUUAAGAUUGGGGAGCAUCAGGUAACCAGAUACAAGGUAGCUGUGAAGAUUUUGAACAGACAAAAGAUCAAGAGUCUUGAUGUGGUGGGAAAGAUUCGUAGAGAAAUUCAAAAUUUGAAACUUUUCAGACAUCCACACAUUAUAAAACUAUAUCAGGUGAUCAGUACCCCAACGGAUAUCUUCAUGAUAAUGGAAUAUGUCAGUGGAGGAGAACUUUUUGACUAUAUUGUGAAGCAUGGAAAGUUGAAGGAGUAUGAAGCUAGAAGAUUUUUCCAGCAAAUAAUAUCCGGCGUAGAUUACUGCCACAGACACAUGAUUGUGCACAGAGACCUCAAGCCAGAAAAUCUUUUGUUGGAUCACAAUUUACAUGUCAAGAUCGCUGACUUUGGCCUAUCAAACAUGAUGAUGGAUGGUGAAUUCCUACGCACAUCUUGCGGCUCACCUAACUACGCUGCUCCUGAAGUGAUCUCCGGUAAGCUGUACGCGGGCCCGGAAGUGGACAUCUGGUCCUGUGGAGUGAUCCUGUACGCUCUUCUCUGUGGCACGCUGCCUUUUGAUGAUGAACAUGUCCCAACUUUGUUCAGGAAGAUAAAAUCUGGUGUGUUCCCAAUCCCAGAGUACCUGCACAAACCUGUGGUCAGCCUGCUGUGCCACAUGCUGCAAGUAGACCCCAUGAAGAGAGCCACCAUCGAAGAUAUCAAGAAACAUGAAUGGUUCCAGAAAGAUUUGCCUGCGUAUCUGUUUCCCUCUCCAGUGGAACAGGAUUCGUCAGUGAUUGACACCGAUGCUGUCACUGAAGUGUGUGAGAAAUUUGGUGUAAAAGAACAUGAGGUGCACAGUGCACUAUUGAGUGGAGAUCCUCACGAUCAGUUGGGCAUCGCUUACCAUCUCGUAAUAGACAACAAGCGAAUUGCUGACGAGGCAGCCAAAGCUGAACUGAAGGACUUCUAUGUGGCCAGCAGUCCACCUCCAGUGUCCUUCAGUCCUUCGGAGUUGGCGCCCAGUCCAAUUAAACCUCACCCAGAGAGGAUUGCCCUAUCCAGAGAACGAGCCCUCUCUCUUUCAGGGGGGAAAGAUUCAAUAGCUCUGAGAGAGCGCGCUAUGAGUCAGAUGGGAUCAGGAAGCGACGCCCGGCCUAACCGUGGGACUCCAGUCAAACGAGCCAAGUGGCAUUUAGGAAUACGUUCCCAAAGCAAACCCAACGACAUAAUGAAUGAAGUGUACCGAGCAAUGAAGGCUCUAGAUUUUGAAUGGAAGGUGGUCAAUCCAUACCAUGUUCGAGUUCGACACCGAAAAACUCCGGAAUCCAAAUACACGAAGAUGUCGCUUCAACUGUACCAAGUUGAUUACAAAAGUUACUUACUAGACUUCAAAAGUCUUAGCACCGAGGAAGAUACAAACUCUUCUUUAGAUCCUGACAAGCUCCAGCAACUGUAUCCUGGGCAUAACAUCAUGUUCUUUUUUGAGAUGUGUGCAGCCUUGAUCACUCAGCUGGCCCGCUAGUGUGCACAUAUGUGCUCGAGUAUUAUUCUGACGUUUCACUUGCAGUUACCUUAAUUGUUAUGCAAAAUACGUUCUUUCUUGUGGGUUCAUGAAUUUUAGUGUUUAAUCAAUCUUAGUGUUAAUAGUUGUUUAAUUUUGAUCAUCUUCGUUUUUCCUGUUCGAUUACUCAUGUUGUUUUAAGUUAUGAUUGUGUUAUAAAAUUGUUGUUUUUGAUAGUUUAUUUUUUAAAUAUUUUGGAUGUAUUCAGUAUUGUAAAAUCAAAGGAGCGAAUAAUUUUAAUAAUUGUGAUACAAUAUGGAACUCUGGACUGAUGUCUCGCCUGGGUGAACUCUGAAGUUAAAUGUUUUAUUGUGAUUAAUGUUCUCAAAAUCAUUUGAAAUCAUGCGUAUUCAGAAGUUAACUGUUUUGUUACACAAAGUUGUGUUGUGAUUAAUAUUCUCAAAAUCCUUUGAAAUCAUGCGUAUUCAGAAGUUAACUGUUUUGUUACACAAAGUUGUGUUGUGAUUAAUAUUCUCAAAAUCCUUUGAAAUCAUGCGUAUUCAGAAGUUAACUGUUUUGUUACACAAAGUUGUGUUGUGAUUAAUGUUCUCAAAAUCCUUUGAAAUCAUGCGUAUUCAGAAGUUAACUGUUUUGUUACACAAAGUUGUGUUGUGAUUAAUAUUCUCAAAAUCCUUUGAAAUCAUGCGUAUUCAGAAGUUAACUGUUUUGUUACACAAAGUUGUGUUGUGAUUAAUGUUCUCAAAAUCCUUUGAAAUCGUGUUAGUUACUACAAUUACUCAAUAAGACGUAAUGUUCACAAUAAGACAUCAACAUUAGCUAUUUGACUAUGGUCAGUAUUACUGAAUAUUAAAAUUUGACUCGAAGAUGAUGCAGUUUUUAUAAAUAAGACCAAAAUAUUAAUUCCAGGUGCAAGGGGACAGAGUUCCAAAUAAAGUCUUUUGAACUGCCAAUGUUUUAAAAAUAAUCAUGAUGAUAAGUAUAGUAAUUGUUGAUAUCAUUAUUUAUAUUAUAUGUAGAGUGUUGUAAGUUUAUUCAUAGAUCAAUUUUGUCAUCAAUAUGUUCAAUAACAGACUUGUAUUGUGAAAAUAUAUCUUAGGUUGUAAAUAAGGAUUUAUUUACACUUAUGUCAUGAUUUCUUGUUCAUCUUCAAAUUAAAAUUGUUCCAUUUGAUGUUUUCUUGUGUAAAAAAUUAAAAUCGUGUUUCAAUUUUGUUUUGUUCACUAUGUUUUACUAGUCAUGAUUUAUAAAUGAAUUACUGAUACGUUUGGCAAUAGAUUGUAUGAUUUAAACAUACAGUUACUACAUUUUACAUUUCACACAACAAUUAAAAACACUCAUUGAUUUAAAGCUAUAAAUCUAUUUUAUUUUAGUGUUAUUUUUAUUCCUAGUUACACUAAUUGUACCAAUUAAAUAACACCAAUUAUUUAUUCAAAAUAGCUCUCUUAAUUUUUAAUUACAUGAGUAACACUUUAAGAUAAAUUAAUCGUUAGUUUAAUUGGAAAUUACUUUUUCCAACACCGCAAGAUGAUUUUCAUUUAUUGUAUUAUAUGUAGUGUUAGUAGCGUUUAGUUUCUAACAAUUCCUAUCUAUUCAUUUAGAAUUAACGGGUGAUUUGUUAUGAGGUUGGGUGGACUGGAGUAAGUCAUCAGUUUCAGACCACUUAUGUCUGAUUCACAACAAAACCCUGUGUGUGUUACUAUGACAGCCAGGUCUGAUUGUAAAAUUUAAUCUGAUAUUUUCUUUACACCAAAAUUUACCAGUUGAGUAAAAUGUAGUUUUCGUUUUGUAUUAAAUGUACGGUAAGUAACAAGUUUUAGGAGUAAGUAAUAUAUUUUAAGUUUCACGUUUUACAAACAAAUACUUGUGCCUUUAAAGGUGUGAAAACUGUAGUUCCGCUGUUGGUAAGUUUUAUUCUGAGUUAAUUAACAAUAUUUAAAGAUGUGCAAGUCGUGUUUUUGUAGAUUUAUGACAUAGUAAGAGUACACCACACCACGUGCAGCCUAACGGGCUUCGUUAAGGUUACAUGCAAAAUUUCAAGCUACAGCUUAUUUCAUCCUCAAGAUAUCCUGGGGUCGGUUAACAGGCAGUUAUAAUACAAAAAAGGAAUUUUUACUUUCGCUGUGGGCAAAAAAGAAAUUGUAUCAGCCUAAUGAGUGAUCGACUUCAAUGACACUCAGCCAAAUUCGAUGGUUGGACAUGCACCAUCACAGAACUCGUUCUUGUCUAUAUAGAAAUGAAGUUUCAUGUAAAAUUUUAAUCUGCAGAUUAUCUUUAUCCAGAUAUCUUGCCACAUGAUGCAUUCACAUUUACGUUCACUGAGUCAGGUUUCAUAGCAAUGUUUAAAUAAUAAAAGUUCUGGUGGACCACUACAACGCAAGAGCGCAAUGAAAUCAGAUCUUGUCAUCAAAUUUUAACAUCGACUUUCACUCUAUUAUUUUGUAUGUUUCAUGUUUGAAUAUUCUACAUGUGUUAAUAUGUUAAUGUUAAAAUCUCAUAUUACUGUUCUCAAUGUUUUUAUAAAUUAAUUCAGUCUACUAUUUUAUCAUUGUGGUCAUGUUACCAACGUACAAAAUAUUUCCCUAACGCUCAGCCAAAUUCUAUAGAGUGACAUGCGCCAUCAACGAACCCAGUGUUGCUAAUAUAUAAAUGAAGCUUUAUGUAAAAUUUGAAUUCUGUAAGUCAAUUUGUUUUCAAGAUAAUGUGCUGAAAGACAGACAGAUACAUUGACGGAAAUGAAAUUUUUCCAGCAACGCGAGUGAUAGGUUUUGCUCAGCACUCAGCCAAUUAUCAAUCCAAUUAUGAAUCGUUUCCUCUCUUAGUCGUUUAUAAACAGUUUUUCCAUUCUAGUUGCCACAAUGAUCUUCACCAGUGACUCUGACUUUGUUUAUCGGUCAACAGUAUUCAUCUGAAAUUCUAAAUUGAUUAAGAUCCAAUUUUCAAAAGAAACAACUGGAAAUGGCAAGGGCAAGAAUCAGUUAUUAAAAUUACCAAAGUCACUGGCAACCAACCGGCCAAUAGAACCUACACCGGGUACAGAAAAAAUCUAAUGUCACUAAAAUCUAGGGAAUCCCAUGGAUGUCCAGGAUCUAUUACCGUGAGUGUCAAAAUUCUGGGGUGCAAGAGUAAAUCAGUAGGUCUUGUCUACUGUGGAGGUCGACUGUUGGAGUUGGUGGAGCUCCCUAGGUGAUAAAGGCUGUUGCUAGCCUAGACCUAAGGAAAUGCUUCUCCUACCAGCUGUGACUGAAGAGGCCAGAGUUGGCCUUCCUUUCUUCCAAAUAGUGGCCUUAUCCUUCCUCAUGGAUCUUGACAGGAAGCGACCCCUACCAUCAGCCAUACCCAUCCUGAAUACCCUAUCACUCUAGAAGCAAGCACAAAGGUCCUUUCAGGACUAAUUGAAAUGAGAGGUUUCUCAGCUUCUUUGUCUACAUGGAGGGAAAAAUAUACUAUCCAAUAAAUAAUGAAUGAUAACCGAAUCAUUGAGUGUAGAUAUUUUGAGAGUAAAUGAUAUUGAGUAAAGAUAUUUGUUUGUUGAUUAGCAGUUCUGUAAUUUCAUUAUUAUCAUUCAGUGAUUGGCAAGGAUUUGAAAAUGAUCAAAACUCACAUUGUUGUGUUACAAAAACUUACACGGUUUUUUAGUAACAUUUUUGUAAUACUUAGUAAAAAUCUUUACUUCUGUCAGUUCCAUAAGCCAAUGUCCAUUUAUAAUAACAUAAUAACGAUUGUCGUUUCAUUGCUAUUACAUCUGUAUUGCUGAAUUUGAAAGCGAAUUCCAUUCUGUAAUUCCAAUUAAUGGCCAAUUUCUUGUUUACCUUUAGCACAUUGUGACUUUGGAUCGUUCUGCACUGAGCAACAUCUUCCUGCUACAUUGUGUUUGUGGUGAGCCUGGAUUUUUGUUUGUAAAAUAUCAAUAUCAGGCAUUUGGGUGUUAAUAAGAUCAUAUUGGAAAAUCCAAUACUUGCACAUCUCUAAAAAGUACUUUUUUAUAAUUUAAAAUAAUAACAAUCCUAAAUCUGCAACGAAAUAGAGUAUUAUUCAGUACACAUUUCAAGUAGACAAGUAGAGAUAUUCAACAAAUACUACAGUUCCUCGAUAUUUUAGCUAAAAUCUUCCUGUAUGAAUUUAGUAAUGUAGCAGUUAUUAGAAAUAUUGUGGUUUAUAGUUACAUUAAUAUAAUAAGGAUAGUUUUUGGAAAUGUGUAAAGGUAUACAUGAUACAUUUCCAUGUAGUUUUGUAAGAAAGUUAAUAUUUUUAUUACAUCAUCUUUACUAUCAUUAUUAUUUUGCUUUGGGUAAUCAGCCUUCAAGUUUUAUAUGCCAGUUUAUUUGAUGCACAAGCAUACAAUGAAAUUCUCCUAGCCCUAGCUUUGGAAGGGAUCAUUACAUUUUAUAGCAGCAAUGCCCUCCUAUUCCUGAAGGACUUUCCAACAUCCAUAUAUUGUAUAUAUUAAAUGAAAUAACUUCAAGGAAUGAGCUUACACAUUGAUAAUGUCAGGCAGGGCUGUUAAAUAACUGGGUGUCCCUAUAAUCCCUACCUUAACCCUCAAACAGUUCAGUAUUUUAAAAUCUCAAUAGUGAGUAUGUAAUAACAUAAUCUGGGAAUGUUUUUCAUGACUUUUAAAAUUAACUCAAAUUUUACACAGUGGGGCUUACUGUAAAAAAGAAGGGGUUAUGGGAGUAAAUAGAACAUCUUUACAGUAACCCCAUUGUACCCCAUUUUAAAAGGCUUGAUAAAAGAAAAAGAGUAGUGAAAAUUAGAUUUAUAUAAAUUGAUUUUAUCCAUAGUUGGUGUUGAAAUUGUUUGUUUGUUCGAACGGUACUCAUUCUUAUCAAGACCUUUAAUUUAAGGUAUCGCUCAAUGGGUCAUCCUAUUUAACAUUUUGGGUUUGCCCCACCCCUAUUAGGUUACUGAGAGACAAUUUAAAAAUCCACCAAAAACUCCCUCGAGGUACGUUAUUACAUAUUCCCGAAUGAGAUUUGAACAAUUUGAACCGCUUGAAAGUUAGAUGGGGUGGGAUUUUGGUAUAUGAAGAGGUACCCAAAAGUUCCUGGAGUAGUAUUGUGCUAAAUGGAGCUUGAUUAGUAUGCACCUUUUCCAGUAAACAAAGAUCAUGUCACUCAGAGUUGACCCCUGGGAAGGCCCACAGGAAGUUUUCUUUUGCAAUCAGUUUUUGUUGAUCCUCACCUUAUCUCUUGGAUAAUCUAUUCUUACCUCAUCUACCUUCUUGUAUCACUUUUCAUUUUUGGGAAACAGAAAGAUAGUAAGUAGAAGAAAUCAAGUGAGUAAAUUUUGGAGAGCAAGGUUAUUGGAUCAUAUUUUAUAGAAAAUGAUGAGCACAAAAUUCAUUUCAAUCCUUCUCAUUCCCAUAUCUGCUAACAAACUUUGCAGGACCGAAUGUCAAGUUAUUCCAGAUAAGUAACGAAUAACUUUAAUGGUAAAUUAUCAAUCUUCAAGUCCAAAUACCAAACACUUUUUGAUAUUCUUCAGUAAUUUGGAAAAAUUGAACAAUGUUCAGAAUGACUUUUGUCGUCAGUUCUAAUUUAAAUCUUUUAAAUAUACACCACUUGUUUAUUUGAGCCAACAUCACCAUCCUGGUCAACCACAUUUAUCCUAAGCAGAAAAAUUAGAAUACCACUGUGAUGUUCAAUUAAAUCUGGAUGAAAAAAAAGAAAACUUCUUUCACAAAAACAUUUGGCAUGGUUGGACACAAACAUCCGAGGUGAAGCCAACAACUGCAUUGGACGGUGGGCAUCAAGCCACAAAAUAUUUGCCAAGCUUAAGAAGUAUCUACUAUUUAAGCUCUGUCCCAUGUAGAGCUGUUCCAGAAACAUUUGGGUACCACCCUAUAUUCUAGUGUCAAGCUGUUCAAUCAAUCCAGUUUUUCAUCUCAAACAGUGAGGAAAUUUACAGACCAAUAUUUAUCUUGACAGCUCCUUACAAAGUAGUCGCUAUUAGCUGAAUCUAACUUGAUUAGAACUGCCAGAUUUGGUUCAUCAGGAUCUCUUAAUUUGUAGAGUUAUUACUCCAAUAAUCUUAUUUUUAUAAUAUCAGAAGAAAUUUUAUUAUUGAAUUUAAAUGAAAAUCACCAAUGGUUUUAUUGAUAUUUUUUGUUAAAUCGUUGAUAUAACUUUGUUCACUGUCUCUGAUUUAUUGAAAGACUCACUGAUAAACUGACACAAAGCUUACACACACCUCCAAGAAUAAUCUUGCACUUGUGUAUUUAAAAUCUUGAAACUAAGGCUAAUGCACUAACUGAAUUCAUAUCUUCUAGUUGACAUGACAGAUUUAAAUCUUUACUAUCCAGACAAUAGAAUUUAUCCAAUUAAAGAUUAGCAUCAGUCAAUGCUCUGGAGUAAGAGCAACUGCAGACACAUGGAUUAGUUCUAUAAAGUGCUGUUUACGCUUUAUUUUCAUGGAGGUAUAUUUCAUUUAAACGAGUAAAAAUUAUCCAAUGAAUAAUUUUCCGAAUUAUAAUACUUAAGUAUAAAAUAUAUUUAUAGUAUAAGCUAUAAGAUUAGCUUAAGUUAUAUAUCUGUAUUUAUGUAAAAGAAGGCAUUCUAUAAAAUUGUUAACGGGUGCAAUUGAAUUUAAUCGAAGUUGAAUACAGUGUAUUUUGUAUAUUUUGUGUCUCAGUGAAUAAAUUUUAAAAUUAUA